AUGAGUAAUGGAUGCUUACACAGAAAACUACUUAAACAGUACAAUGCAAAUCUUAGCUUCCACCUGAGAGCACAGACGGUGUCAGUGGCGGUGUCGGUGCUGACGUUGACGUUCAUCAGCAUCGACCGCUGGUACGCCAUCUGCUUCCCGCUUCGCUUCAACUCCACCACCAACCGCGCCAAGACAGCCAUCGGCAUCAUUUGGUUUGUGUCGCUCGCCUUCGACAUCCCGGAGCUGGUGGUGCUGAGGGCCCGCGGCCGCGACUGGGACUCUGUGCUGCUGACGCAGUGCGAGAGCACCUGGAGCUACGACUCCGAGAUGGUGUUCCACGGCGCCAAGAGCUUGCUGCUGUACACGCUGCCGCUGCUCUUCAUGUCGGUCGCCUACUACCAGAUCGUGCGCGUCCUCUGGCGCUCAGACACCAUCCCCGGACAGGCUCAGGAGACGUCCAGUCGGCGAAGUGUCAGCGCCAACGGCCGGAGCACCAAUCCCUACGGUACCUGCAGCAGCCGGCGCAGCACGGUCAGCAGCAACGCGGCCACCGAGGUGCAGCUGCGGUCUCGCCGCAAGGCGGCCAAGAUGCUGGUCGCCGUCGUCGUCAUGUUCGCGCUCUGCUACCUGCCCGUCCACCUGCUCAACAUACUCAGGUACACCAUGGACAUCCCGCAGAAUGAUGCGACGAGCGUCAUUUCGAUGCUGUCCCACUGGCUGUGCUACGCCAAUUCAGCAGUCAACCCCAUCAUCUACAACUUCAUGAGCGGCAAGUUCCGGCUGGAGUUCAGGCGGCUGUUCUGGAAGUGCGCGUACGGCGGCGGCGGCCGCUACUCGCCGGCGCCCGCGCCACUGGUGCUGCGCCGCGGCGGCGCCCGCCUCCGCGUCUCGGCCUCGGUGGCGGCGUCGGCGACGGCGUGCCCCUCGGCCACCGGCUCCGGCCUCGAGAUGCGCUCGCUGUACCGGCCGGCCGCCUGA